AUUUGUUGCGGCACAACCAUCAUCAAGAACUGGCAGCUGCAAAAAUGGAGCUAGAGAGAAGCAUGGACGUCAGCAGGAGGCAGAGUAAGGAGCAUAUGUGUAGAAUAACGGAUCUGCAAGAGGAAUUAAGGCACAGAGAACAUCACAUCUCUGACUUGGAUAAGGAAGUACAGCACCUUCGUGAGAACAUAAGUGCCCUAACCAAAGAACUGGAAUUCAAGGGGAAAGAAAUUCUCAGAAUACGAAGUGAAUCGAACCAGCAGAUGAGGUUGCAUGAACAAGAUUUAAACAAGAGACUUGAAAAAGAGCUGGAUGUCAUGACAGCAGACCACCUCAGAGAGAAAAAUAUCAUGCGAGCAGAUUUUAAUAAGACUAAUGAGCUACUCAAGGAAAUAAAUGCAGCUUUACAAGUGUCACUAGAAGAGAUGGAAGAAAAAUAUCUCAUGAGAGAAUCAAAACCAGAAGAUAUACAGAUGAUUACAGAAUUAAAAGCCAUGCUUACAGAAAGAGACCAGGUCAUAAAGAAACUAAUUGAGGAUAAUAAAUUUUAUCAGCUGGAAUUAGUCAAUCGAGAAACUAACUUCAACAAAGUGUUUAACACAAGCCCUGCUGUUGGUGUUAUUAAUCCAUUGGCUAAGCAAAAGAAGAAGAAUGAUAAAUCACCUACAAACAGGUUUGUGAGUGUUCCCAAUCUAAGUGCUCUGGAAUCCAGUGGAGUGGGCAAUGGACAUCCUAACCGCCUGGACCCCAUUCCUAACUCUCCAGUCCACGAUAUUGAGUUCAGCAGCAGCAAACCACUUCCACAGCCAGUGCCACCCAAAGAGCCCAAGACAUUUUUGAGUCCUCCUCAGAGUGAAGCUUUCCCCGUGGCUUCUUCAGAUCCCCAGCGCCAGGAGUGGUUCGCCCGGUACUUCACAUUCUGAAAGAAUUGUGUUGGCACAGCUCUGUGUGGACUGUUAUUAGGAGCAUGACUAUACAGAUUUUUAAGUGAACAGGCUUUCCUAUGUAAAACACUGUGAAUGAGAAAGUAUUUGUCUCUCUGAUUUGAAAAUAUGCUGUAUUUCCUGUGGUAUAUAUUGGAAUCACUCUAUAAGGUACUCUA